UUUCUUUUUGACAUUCGUAUUUCGCAUAUUUGUAUUAUUCAUAAUUUUUGCCACAGAAUAAAAUAAUUUUUUAAUAAUUUCUACAUAAAAUAAUUUUUUUAUUAUAUCAAAAUAAAAUUGAAAUAUAAAUCAUUAUGUCGAAAAUCUUUACUCCAACAAACCAGAUACGUCUAACAAAUGUAGCAGUUGUAAGGCUGAAAAAAGGUGGCAAACGAUUUGAAAUUGCUUGCUACAAAAACAAAGUCCUAUCCUGGCGUAGCAACACAGAAAAGGAUAUUGACGAAGUUCUUCAGACACAUACAGUUUUCACAAAUGUGUCCAAAGGGCAAGCGGCAAAAAAAGAAGAACUAAUGAAGGCAUUUGGAAAAAGUGAUGAAACCGAAGUAUGCAAGGAGAUUCUAGCAAAAGGAGAACUCCAGGUAUCUGAGAAGGAACGACAAUCUGUUCUAGAUACCCAAUUAAAUAGCAUUAUAAACAGUGUGGCAGCAUUAUGUGUUAACCCUGAGACUCGUCGUCCCUAUCCGGCAACCAUUAUUGAAAAGUCACUAAAGGAUGCUCACUUUUCUGUUAAAAUGAACAAAAAUACAAAGCAACAGACACUAGAUGCUAUAAAGUUACUCCGUGAACAUAUACCAUUAGAGCGUUCACGCAUGAAGCUCCGUGUUUCUUUUGCUGGCAAAGAAGGAGGCAAUCGGUUGAAAGAGUCUGUUAGCAAAUUAGCUACAAAAGUUGAACAUGAAGAAUGGGAUGAUGCUAUACUGCAUAUGACAUUAUUUAUAGACCCUGGUAACUACCGUGUUAUCGACGACCUUAUACGAAAUGAAACCAGAGGCAAAGGACUUGUUGAACUAAUCGAGUUAAAGGAAGUUGUGGAGAGCGAAGAAAUUUUUUAAUUGUAUCAGUUUUAUAAUAUAUGUUUUAAAAAUUGUUACUGA